AUGGCUCCUUCUCUCCGUUCCGUCGGCACAGCUGCCCUGGCUUGCAUCGGCAGUGCCAGUGCUAAGCAGUGGUACAUUCACGACACCUAUGAUGCCACAAACUUCUUCGACAAGUUUGACUUCUUCAGCGACGCGGACCCCAACUCCGGACAUGUUGCGUACAAGACCCAGGCUGAGGCCACCGAGCUCGGCAUUGCCAAGUGCGAGAACGAUGAGGUUUACCUUGGUGUCGACCACACCAACGUUCUCGAUUCAAACACCGGACGUCCCAGUGUUCGACUCCACUCCAAGACCGAGUUCAACCAUGGCCUCUUCAUUGCCCGAUUCUCUCACCUUCCCGAACCCAAGUGUGGUUCCUGGCCUGCCUUCUGGUCCGUUGGUAACACCUGGCCCGCGGAUGGUGAGAUCGACUUGAUCGAGGGCUGGAACCUGGCCACCACCAACAAGCCCGCCUUCCACACCGGUGACUCGGACGAGUUUGGCACUUGCAUGCUCGAUGGCGAGAACCAGACCGGCGUUGUUGACACCGACAACUGUGACAACACCUACCAGAACACCCCCGACCAAUACCUGAACGAGGGCUGCACCGUCGACGAUUACGAUGCUCCCUACGGCACCUCCGAUGGUGGUGUUUAUGCCCUCGAGUGGACCGACUCCUUCAUCAAGGUCUUUGCCUGGAAGUGGGCCAGCGUCCCCGACAACCUGGACUCCGAUGAGCCCAACACCGACUCGUGGGGCACUCCCACUCUGUAUCUCAAGAACGACAAGUGCAACAUUGACGACCACUUUGUCGACCAGACCCUCAUCAUCAACAUCGCCUUCUGUGGCAACCCCGUUGGCAACGACGACAUCUGGGCGCAGGCUUGCAAGGCCGAGACCAGCUACGACACCUGCUCCGAAUACGUCUCUGCCAAGCCCGGUGCUUUCGAGAACACCUACUUCAAGAUCCAGGACAUUCGAUACUUCAAGGCUUCCAAGUCCGCCUCCACCAGCUCCGCGAUCGCGUCCGCAUCCUCCUCCGCAUCCUCGUCCGUGUCCUCCGCGUCCGCAUCCGUGUCUGCCCCCGUUAGCAGCACGGCCUACACUACUGAUGCCACUUCUACCUUUGCCACCCAGACCCGAGCCGCCAACACCUCCAUCGCCGUCACUUCUACCGAGAGCGUUGAGAUGACUACCUCUGUUGUCUACACCACCCGAGUCAGCACUGUCACCGCCUGCCCCUCGUCCGUCACCAACUGCCCCGUCGGCUCCGUCGUCACCGAGACCGUUGUUGCUUACACCACCGUUUGCCCCGUGACUGCUCAGGCCACCGAGUCUGGUAGCUCUGGUUCCGGCUCUGGCUCCGGCGAUGACUCCGAGACCAUCACCGCGACCAUCACCAACGUCCACACCAUUACCAGCUGUGCCGCCUCUGUCACCAACUGCCCCGUUGGCGAACUUUCCACAGAGUUCAUCACCACCACCUACUGCCCUGGCAACGGCGAGGGUCCUGCUGCUACAACCACUGGCUCUGGAUCUUCUGGAUCUGGCUCCGGCGAUGACUCCGAGACCAUCACCGCGACCAUCACCAAUGUCCACACCAUUACCAGCUGUGCCGCCUCUGUCACCAACUGCCCCGUUGGCGAACUCUCCACAGAGUUCAUCACCACCACCUACUGCCCCGGCAACGGUGAGGGUGUUUCCACUACCCCUGGAUCUGGCUCCGACAACUCUGCUAGCGAGACUGGUUUCUUCCCUGCCCCGGCUCCCUCUGGUACUCCGGCCUCUGGUACCCCGGCCUCCUACGAGACCCCCGUCGUUGUGUCUACUCCUAUUGUCGUCAACACCCCCGUUGUUGUCAGCACUCCCGUUGUCGUCAGCGUCCCCGUUGCCUCCUCCGCCGCCGGUUCCUCCGCCGCCGCCGAGGUUCCUACUACUGCCUAUGUCCCCGCCACUCCUAGCACUACUCCUGUUGCCGCUGGAUCCUCCUCCAGCAGCGGUAGCACUGCCAGCGAGGUCCCUGUCACUGGCAGCGCUGGUAAAAUGAGCGCUAGCCUGGCCCUUAUCCUCGGCGCCGCCGCCGCCAUGGUGAUGAUGUAA